AUGGCUGCCCCCACCCCCGCCACCAAGACUUCCUUCACCAUUGGCACGCGCAAAUCCAAGCUCGCCUUGGAGCAGACGGAGCUGGUGUGCGCUGCCCUCAAGAAAACACACCCCGACUAUGACUUCAAGAUCUUUUCCAAGGAGACCGCCGGCGACCUCAACACCAAAAUUGCGCUGCGCGAUUUUACCACCAAGAACCUGUGGACCGAAGAGUUGGAGGAAUUGAUGAUCGCUGGACAGGUCGAUUUUAUCGUUCACUCCCUCAAAGAUGUCCCCACCCUCCUCCCCUCUACCUGCACACUGGGCCCGAUGAUGCCCCGCGAGGAUAGCAGAGACGUGCUCGUCGUGAAGCAAGGGCUACCAUACAAGAGCUUGGCGGAGAUCCCCGCAGGCUCGGUCGUCGGCACCUCCUCAAUCCGCCGAACGGCCCAAUUGGCUCGUAAAUACCCUCAUCUCAAGGUCCUCGAUGUACGUGGCAAUAUCGGCACCCGCCUGGCUAAACUGGAUGCGGAAGACAGCCCCUUCACCUGCAUCAUUCUGGCCGCGGCUGGUCUGCUGCGCCUGGACCUUGGGCAUCGCAUCACACAGUACCUGGAUUCGAAGAGCAGUGGAAUGCUGUAUGCCGUCGGACAAGGUGCCCUGGGCAUUGAGAUCCGGAAAGAGGAUUCUUUCUUGCAGGUCAUGUUGAACAAGAUCGGUCACCAGGAAACCACAUACGCCUGUCUAGCGGAGCGUAGUCUGUUACGAACCCUUGAAGGUGGCUGUAGUGCGCCAUUGGGUGUCGAGAGUGAGUGGGUUAAGACUGUUGAAGGGUCCAAGAAGCUGCGCAUGCGCUCUGUUGUCGUCAGCGUGGAUGGCAAGCAGUGUGCACAGGUGGAAAUUGACGGCGAUGUGGAUUCAACCGAGAGUGCAGAGGCUUUCGGUGUUACUGUGGCCAAGGCCUUGGUUGAAGAGGGUGCUGGCGCGAUUCUCGAGGAGAUCCAGCGCAAAAAGGUGGUCAAGGAGAGUCUGUCCAGCUGA